AAGUUCGGACCUUGAGAUUUUUGGAACCUUGGUACCUUGGAAUCUUCCUAGGCUUUGAUUCUUGUUAAAAUUCUUUCAAAUAACCUUGUUGACUCAAUAUUAAACUUUAUUCUCAUAUUAACUUGAAAUGGUAUUGGAGGAUAUGUCUCCUUGAGAAUCCCCGUAACUAUAUACUGAAAGAAGGAAGGAAGGAUUACGUCACAUCCUUCGUAUUUCUAACAAAGGAUUUUCUCUUUAUGCUUCUUCCUGGUAUUCUUUAUUCAAUGGGUGCUACUUAUCCUAUUUCAUCUAAAUCGGAACUAAAUAGAUCACGUGAUGUGGAGUGGGGAUAUGAAAUCUAAAAGAGCGACGAAAGUAACUGCGUGCAGUAACGAGCAAUCCUGCUGAACGACAAUGAAAGGCGAAAUAUCUUACAUAUUUAUAUAAAUAAAUAUUACUAAUAUCAGUAGUAGUAUAUAUAUAAUAAUAAUAUCGUAGAAAUAGAAUUGUGUAUGAAAAAAAGAUAGUCUGCUGCUUCAACUGUAGUUCUGCUGUAUUCCUGAGAUAGAUCUGACAUUGUUCGUCGAUUCAUAUCUACAGUUGGCACACUUUGCUGUAACAUCAUGGUGAAAUUUCGAAGCAUGACAACAGACGAGUACAAGAUGGAUCGAUCAGCGUUCAAAUUGCUAUAUGCGUUCCAUCCAACGCCCUUUGGUAAAUGUCUCAUUGCUAUAACCGACACCAACAAAGCUGUAGUAUACUUGGGAUUCGUCGAUGGCGUCGAGACAUAUGCUCUGAGGGUCUUGGAGAAUGAAUGGCUACUCUCUGAGAUAUCAGAAGACACAGGAAACGAGACGAAGAAUAUAAUCGAGGAGAUCUUCCAGCCUGAUGUAUCUUCACUGGAUUCCAUUUGCGUCCUCCUGAAAGGCACAUCCUUUCAAGUGAGCGUGUGGAAGUCUUUGAUGACUAUCCCUAAAGGAGAAUCCGUCACGUACGAGGAAGUCGCAAAGAUGGUCGAGAAUCCCAAAGCUGUACGCGCGGUAGGAAAUGCGAUUUCUAAAAAUCGCAUCGCAUACAUCGUGCCAUGCCAUCGCGUGAAAGGUAAAAUGGCAAAUAACGAUAAGUAUGUUUGGGGAAUGCAACGUAAGCAAGCUAUCCUGAAAUAUGAAAGAGAGUUAACGUAGGAGGUCAUGGAGAUCGCAUCACUAUUUAAAUUUUUAUUUGGAUAAUGAGUUUUUUUUUAUAGUGAUGAUGUACCAAACUAUUUUUUAUAUAAAGAGCUGCAUACGCUUAUUUAUAGAUACGCGUAUGUAUAUAUGCCUUUAAAGUAGUUUUUCAUUUUUGUGUAAUUAUUGUCUUUUAUACAGGGAGGCGCAAAAAAAGCGAAUGGUUGUUAAACAUUUAUAAAAAUUUUAUUUUCAAAUUUUUAAUUUAUUUUGAUAUGAAAUUAUGAAGUUUAAUUUACGAAGAUUUUUCCUGAUCUCCUUUAUAAAGUUUGGAAAGAAAAAAAAAAGAAAAAUUUAAAAAGUUAUGAAUUUUUUAAACCAGUUUGUUUCUUUUGCGCCACCCUGUAUAACUCAUAUAUUUUCUAUUGUACUUCAAACUGAAGUCACAUGUGUUGAACACCUGAAAUGUGAUAAGACAAACAAUAAUUUAAAGAUGUGCAAUGUAAAGCAGGUCUUUAUGUUGAAUAAAUUGUUUUCUUACAUAUGUGAUACAUGUUUAUUUUUGUCACAUACACUGAAUCAUGUAAAAGUACAAAAUUUUGUUAAUACAUUAAAAUAUAAUGAUCAUGCA